AUGGAAAAGUUGAACCUGGAAUCUCUCGACUCAAGCUAUAGCUGUCUUGAGUGCGAUAUCAACGUUGUUACUGUAGUCCACAGGAUCAAGACUCAAAUGUUCGAUACAUAUCCAAACACCGAGGACUGUACUCCGCAACGUCGUAUUCCUGUUCAAAACGAGCUUACGGCGACUGGCAUCUACAUGCAGGCAGGCCAUUCAGCCAUGUAUCACAAACAGGGGCAAUUAGCUUCCGCUCUUUACGCUAAGGUCUACCUCAAACCACACUCUUUCGUCCCUUCAACAAUGGACCCCGCGCAAGGAUCGGCGGGUAGCACGGGAAUUGGUCAGAGCGACAAGGGCAGAUCCAACCACCAUCCAGUCGUUGUCCUUCCCUCAAUUACGCCUGUCAUAUCACCUCAUCCGCUCGAUGGUGCAAUAUUGUUCUCCAACUUUGUAUUGCUGUCUUUACUUGAUAAGCCUUUCCUUGAGUAG